AUGUAUUCUAAGUUCUGGCCAAAAGGAGGUCUCCCCGGGAGAUUGCAUCAUUACACCGAAUCCCUAGUAACAUUCGAGUAUACUACCGCCGCUGCCCGCAAACCACACAGUCUCGUCUUCGUCGGUGGACUAGGCGAUGGCCUCGCAACAACAUCCUACAUGGCCGAUCUCGCCAAAGCUCUCAACCCAACAGAGUGGUCUCUCUUCACCCUGAACCUCACAUCCUCCUACCAGUCUUGGGGUCUUGGCCACUUAGACCGCGACACAAACGAAAUCGCGCAAUGCAUCCGCUACAUCAAGGAUUACAAGACGGAGACGUUCGGCGAAGGCAAAAUCGUCAUGAUGGGCCACUCAACCGGCAGCCAAUGCGUCUUGCACUACCUCCAUCGUCCGAACCCACACACCACAGCGCCAGCCUUCGAUUCGGGGCUAGAGCACACAGACCGCCUACCUCUCGACGGAGCCAUCAUGCAAGCACCCGUUUCCGACCGGGAAGCGGUGCAGCUUUGUAUCGAACACGGGUUCGGAAAGAACAGCCCGAGCCAGAUGAGGGAGAUCUGCGAUAAGAUGGAGAGUAUUGCAAGGGAAGCUGUUGAAGGUGGUGGUUCAUAUGACACCAUGCUGCCUCUUGAGCUAACCUCUGCUAUUUACCCAUCCAAUACGCCUAUUAGCUGUCGCCGGUUUCUGAGUCUAUACAGUCCAGAGAGCCCCCAUAUUCCCGGAGAAGAUGAUUUAUUCAGUGCAGACCUGAGUGAAGAUCAGCUUGCGUCUACAUUUGGAUUGAUUCAGAAACAGGGAUUGUUGAAACAUAAGCUUAUGGUCUUAUAUUCCGGUGCUGACCAGGCUAUUCCUGACUGGGUUGAUAAGGAGAAGAACCUCGCCAGAUGGCAGAAGGCUACAAACCAUGGGGAGAAGUUUGAGAUCUGGGACGAUAAGCAUAGUGCCAUCAUUCCAAAUGCUUCACAUGCUUUGAGUAAUGAUGACCAGGCUGAGCCUAGGAAGUUCCUAGUCGAGAAGGUCAUGGGGUACCUUGGAGAGGCAGUGGCCAAAUGA